CGCUGAGCUUCGUGUGAUACCCAUUUCGACUUAUUGUUUCUGUUCACUUUCCAAUUCCCAUACAGCUUUGAUAAUUCCAGCUCCCCGAAGCUCCCUCUAUCAUUACAAGAUGGCUACUCAUAACAUUGUUGUGUUCGGUGGUGACCACUGCGGUCCCGAGGUUGUUCUCGAGGCCAUCAAGGUCCUCAAGGCGAUCGAGACCAACAGCCCUUCGGCUGGCAAGUUCAACCUCCAGAACCACCUCCUUGGCGGUGCCUCCAUUGACAAGCACAAUGACCCCCUCACCGAUGAGGCCCUUAACGCCGCCAAGGCUGCCGAUGCCGUCCUUCUCGGUGCCAUUGGCGGUCCCGAAUGGGGCACCUCUUCCACCGUCCGCCCCGAGCAAGGUCUCCUGAAGCUCCGCAAGGAGCUCGGCACCUAUGGCAACCUUCGCCCUUGCAACUUUGCUUCCGAGUCCCUCGUCGACAGCUCUCCCCUCAAGGCCGAGGUCUGCCGCGGCACUGACUUCAUUGUCGUCCGUGAGCUUACCGGUGGUAUCUACUUUGGUGACCGCACCGAGGAUGACGGCUCCGGCUACGCCUGCGACACCGAGCCCUACAGCCGCGCCGAGAUCGAGCGCAUCGCCAGACUCGCCGGCUUCCUCGCCCUGGCCAAGAACCCUCCCGCCAAGGUCUGGUCUCUGGACAAGGCCAACGUGCUCGCCACCAGCCGCCUCUGGCGCAAGACUGUGACCGACGUCAUCAGCAAGGAGUUCCCCCAGCUUCAGCUCGAGCACCAGCUCAUCGACAGCGCCGCCAUGCUGCUCGUCAAGAACCCCCGUGCCCUCAACGGCGUCGUCAUCACCAGCAACCUCUUUGGCGACAUCAUCUCGGACGAGGCCUCGGUCAUCCCCGGCUCCAUCGGCCUGCUCCCUUCCGCCAGCUUGGGCGGAAUCCCCGACGGCAAGGGCAAGUGCAACGGCAUUUACGAGCCCAUCCACGGCUCCGCUCCCGAUAUUUCGGGUAAGGGCAUCGUCAACCCCGUCGGUACCAUUCUCUCCGUCGCCAUGAUGCUCCGCUACUCGCUCAACCUCCCCAAGGAGGCUGAUGCCGUUGAGGCUGCUGUCAAGGCUGCCAUUGACAACGGUACCAAGACCAAGGACCUGGGCGGUAACGCUACCACUUCGGAUAUGGGUAACGCUGUAGUUGCUGAGUUGGAGAAGAUCCUUGAGGCUUAAAUUUAGUAUCUCGGGCUGAACGGGAGGGGGCGAUGCAAACAAUGCUCUUUGCGCUGUAUUCAUACGUAGGAGUUAAGGAGGCAUAUGAGGGAUCAAAAAGGUAUAUGGAAAAUUCAUCCCUAAAGGGAGUUACGUGCAUAUGUUGGAAAACUUCAUACGGGAAGGGUAGAAGAAAGGGACUUGGUCAUGUCCAUUGAACCUGGACCCGGCCCCCUUCUCAUGAUUAUACAAUAACGAGAUACCAAAGCAAUUGAUGCUAUGUUGAGUUCAAAGC